CGUGGUCAGAUUUUCAAUCGCAAGAGGAGCUUGUUGGGUCAGGAAGUGGACUUUUAUGUGCCUGUUUUUUUACUUAAACUCAAAGGAAAGAUGAUGGCCCUUAAACCGUCAUGUCUGGCAAAAAUAAGUGCUAUUUGCCUUGCCGUCAAUUUUAUUGCAUUAUUUCUAUAUUUUGAGUCACAGUCUCCUUUGUGUCCAUCUACAUUAGCUGAUGAAGAAACCUCUGAAGGCACAGUUCCCACUGAAAAGCCCAUCGUCCUGCUGUGGUUCUGGCCUUUUGGUUUUAGGUUUGAUUUCAAUAUCUGCUCAGCGUACUUCAACAUUGAUAGCUGCAUACUGACUGAUAAUAGAUCCAUGUACAGCAAAGCAGAAGGAGUCAUUUUCUACCACAAACAUAUUGAUUGGAAUUUCAAAAACAUGCCUCUCGAUCCACGCCCAACAUUUCAGAAGUGGAUUUGGCUUAAUGAGGAAUCUCCAAGGAACACAGCAAAAAAACCAGGUUUAGAAAACCUGUUCAAUUUAACACUGAGCUACAGACGAGACGCCGACAUUGUGAUGAGGGAUGAGGUGACUAUCAGGAAAGAAGAGAUGAGGGAAGACUUUGUUCUGCCCAAGAAAGACAAACUGGUGUGUUGGAUUGUCAGUAACAAAGCCCCAGGAACUGGAACAAGUACAAGAGAUAAAUAUUACCAUGAACUUUCUAAACAUAUAAAGGUUGAUCUCUUUGGAUCUGCUUAUACUGGGCACCGGUUGAGCUUUGAAGACUAUUACCCAACCAUCGGUAGUUGUAAGUUUUACCUCUCGUUUGAAAACUCACUCUUCAAAGAUUACAUGACAGAAAAGGUGAAUGGGCCCCUCGCAGCAGGGACAGUCCCUGUCGUUCUGGGUUCACCAAGAGAAAACUAUGAGCAAUUCCUUCCCAAUGGCUCCUUCAUUCACGUCAAUGACUUCCCUGACGCAAAAUCACUGGCAGAGUUUCUACAGCAGCUGGACAAGGAUGAUAAAGCAUACAUGGGUUAUUUUGAGUGGAGAAAGUAUUAUGAUGUCCUUCCUCAUCUUUUGACAGUGGCAAAACAAUUCAUUCAACCCACCUGUCUCGCCUGUGACCACAUAGCAAAAUACAAAGAGUACAAUGUAGUUAAUGACCUUUAUGAGUGGUACUUUACACCAGAACUGCAAUAGAAGAUCAUUAUACCUACCAUCCACAAUUAGUGUGAACAGCAUAAAUGAUAAAAGUAAGCAAAGAUAUUUUGUAACACUUUACAAGAAGGUGCACAAGCAUAAACAUAUUUAGAUUUUUGCCAGAUAAAUCAGAGCUAAAUUAGAGAUUAAGUGUGUUAACACUGAGUUCUACAUCUGUCUGACGCUCUCCUGUUUAUCAGCAUCAGUGGCUCUCCUAAUUGUAGUUGUGUAGCAUUGUUUUGCUCAGAUGUUAUUAGGCAGUGAAGACACUGAAUAUCUCAGGGUUCUUGGUUGUCGAUUGAAUACUCUUAACAAACUGUUAAUUGGACUUGGUUUUUUGGUUCGUUUUUUUAGACAACAAUAAGUUUUCCUUUACCUUGUUUACCAGUUUCCGCGUGUAUCUUCUGCCUUCCUCAGAAUUGUCACCUGCUGGAUGAUGGUGGUGGCGUGCCUUAUAAGCUAACAUCAGGUAGGGGUGUGCGAUAUGUAUCGUCUACGAUAGUAUCUUAAUUGUGGUUUUAACGAUGUGUGAAAUCACAAUAUCGAGUAUGUCGAAAUCAUUUUGGAAGAACCAAUCAAAACACGCCUUUUUAAGAGGCCACACAUUCACUGCAUGAUCAAUCAUGAUGCGGCACAUGCGCAUUGAGAACACGUGACGUGUCCACACUUCACAACAACAAGCUCAUGUAGCUGCAUGUAUGGCUGAAGUUAAACAUGAGUGAACAAACGGCCCCAAGCGACAAAACGCAAACUCAUACCAGCCUCGGAAUCGACGUUGUUGGAUUUAAUAACUAAAUCUGGAUCAUCCUCACUCGCAUGGAGGUGCUUUGGCUUUGAAAACACUGAUUUCUCUCAAAAGACACCAAUCUGCAAACUAUGUCCGAAAGGGGUUGCCGUCAAUGACAGCUCGACAACAAAUUUGUUUCACUAUCUGUGAAUUAACCACCGCACAGAAUAUGAAGAAUAUGAAAAGGUUCGUCAGUCAGCGGUCGACCACGCACGGCCAGCUAAGGUACCGACAAGAAAACGCACUCAGCAAAUUUGGCAGCAGUUAAAUGUGUAUCCACAUUCUCAUGUUAAUGCCUUGUGGUUCAAAUAUGAUGAGUAUUGUUUACAUUGGGGGAAGUGUCAGUUUAAAAUGCGCUAAAGCAGGGGUCUCAAACUGGCGGCCCGGGGCUACAUGUGGCCCUCCAAUC